GGUGCUCCCCACCGACCAGCAUUCCGCACUCGACGCGAGGGCGAAGCGCACGCCCUGCUUUUUUAACGAUCGCGUACGACGCGCCGCGCGCUCGCGGCUAGACGACCGCCAUGUUUGACGUUUUCGGCUCCGUGAAGGGGCUUCUCAAGCUCGACUCAGUGUGCAUCGACAACAAUGUGUUCCGGCUUCAUUACAAAGCCACCGUGAUCAUCCUGAUCGCGUUUUCGCUGCUCGUCACGUCGCGGCAAUACAUCGGUGACCCUAUCGACUGCAUUGUCGACGAGAUCCCGCUCGCCGUAAUGGACACAUACUGUUGGAUAUACUCAACUUUCACAAUUCCCAACCGGCUGGUGGGCCGCGUCGGCAAGGAUGUGGUGCAGGCCGGAGUCGCCUCGCACGUUGAUGGCCAGGAUGAGGUCAAAUACCACAAGUACUACCAGUGGGUGUGUUUUGUGUUGUUCUUCCAAGCCAUUUUGUUUUAUGUGCCGCGAUACUUGUGGAAAACAUGGGAAGGCGGCCGCAUCAAGAUGUUAGUGCUCGAUCUCAACUGCCCCGUCGUGGGAGAUGAAUGCAAAGAUAGUCGCAAGAAGUUGCUCGUCGACUACUUUCACACAAACCUGCAUACGCAAAACUUUUACGCGUUCCGAUUCUUCAUCUGUGAAGUGUUGAACUUCAUCAACGUGGUCGGCCAGAUCUUCUUCAUGGACUUCUUCUUGGACGGAGAGUUCUCCACGUACGGCAGUGACGUGGUCAGCUUCACCGAGAUGGAGCCGGAAGAGCGUGUGGACCCGAUGGCUAGAGUGUUUCCUAAAGUGACCAAGUGUACCUUCCACAAAUACGGUCCCUCGGGAACCGUGCAGAAGUUCGACGGCCUGUGCGUGCUGCCCCUGAACAUUGUCAACGAGAAGAUCUACGUGUUCUUGUGGUUCUGGUUCAUGAUCCUGUCUAUCUUGAGUGGAAUUUCCUUGAUCUACCGCAUGGCCGUGGUGGCAGGCCCGCGCGUGCGCCUGUACCUGCUCCGCGCCCGCAGCCGCCUGGCGCCGCAAGCGCAGGUGGAGACCGUGGCGCGCGAGCUGCAGAUCGGCGACUGGUUCGUGCUCUACCAGCUCGGCAAGAACAUCGACCCUCUGAUCUACAAGGAGCUGAUGGGCGAGCUGGCUGAGAAGUUCGAGGGGAAGGACAGUGUGUAGUCUGUCGGGGCGUGUGAAGCGGCUAGUGGACUUUGGGUCGUCCGUGUGACGUGUUAAUAGUGACCGGGCGGGGCGCGCCGCGCACAAAGAGCGCCGGGAGCGGCUGUACGCCAACAUUCCAUUACCCACGGCCGGCGCGGGGAACGACCUCCGCGCCGCCGCAUCGUUGUAUUCCAGAACCGCUUUCAAACUAACGCUACCGAAAUUGAAAUAGGUGAUAUGACUCUUCCAAACGCAACACUUUGACUGAGUCGCGCCGCAAUGGUCGCGCGUGCAUUUAGCGUAAUGUUAUUGGGGCAUGUUUAUACUAGUAGUCGUAGAUGUAGUUAGAUCUCGUGCCUUCGUUUUGUAUUUUGUAUUAUUUGUGUGCGAGUGUAUCAUGUUGAAGGAACGUCUCAUUGUGAUAUGUAAUUAUUAUUAAUCUAAAUUAAGUGACUAGCGUGUACGAAAUAGAACGUGUGGACGGCUACACGAUACGAUAUUGUAUAAAGCAAUAAUAAAGCUAAACUGUAAUAAAACGUAACUGAACUAUUAAUUAUAAGAUAAUGGCUAAGUAUACAAAAUGAAAGUUGACAAUAUUAUACAUAUAUCUACGUAAGUAAUUCGUACUGAUUUGUAUUAAACUUUUUUACAUUGAUGAAAUCGAUAAAUACCUGCGAUCAUGGUUGAUAUUUUCUGAAUAUAUUUACUGCCACAUUAA